GUGGCGCUAGGUUCACCUUAUGUGUGUAUAACGUGCGGUUGUUGUUGUUUUCCUGACAGCGCGCUGUCAUCAUAACGGGUUUUCACUUUUUCGUAAAUCAAUCGCGGAAGUCGUACUGAUAAAGCGAGCGUGUACAAAAGCAAUGAAAUAAUUAGGUACUAUGUGUUACUCAAUAUGUCGAGCCGAUCUACCAAAGCAGAAACCGCACACGAUGGCAGCAAUAGCAGGGUGCAGAAAAUUACGGAAAAGUUCGAAACGCUCAUAACUUCACAGCAGCAAAAGCAACAGGUGUAUCCAGCGCCUCCUUCUCCUCAGCAUCAUCAGCAGGUUCAACCCGUCCAGAAUUGGCCGCCGAAGGGAACAGGUUUGGCGCGCAAUGAUCAGAAGCCUACUGAAGAGCCUGCAACGCUUCGAGAGCUAGAAGCUAGGCGUGGUAUCAAACGGUCACAAGCAUUUCGCAGAAGCACUUCACAGACGAGUUCAAUGAACGGUGGCAAUGGGUCAGCGUCCACUAAUGCGCUACUGAAUCAUUCUGAGAGUAUACGUGAAGCACUGAACAAACCGCUCCCAGAAGGGCCGCCACCUGUAAAGCCACCACGAACGUGGGGACGGGGCUUGGAUGAUACUCGGGGCACGUUAGACGGUGAACGGAUGGUAGAUUCGCAACAUUAUGAGGACGUUAAUAUGCUGAUCGAAGUCGCAUUCCAGGAGCCGGCAAAGACUGAAGAUGAUGCUCCAUCAGGAGAACACAUUUCUUUGAAGCAUCCCGUGAGCGAAGAGCAUCGCAAACGUUUGCGUAGGUUGUCCCGAUGUGCCGAACUGAACCAUUACACCCAGCAGUAUGGAACGAUCCGGGUGUACGAUGCGGUGGACAAGGGAAAUGUACCUAACGCUACGGUGGAAUGUAAAAAGGCCGAUACCAAAGGAUUGAUCGAACACUACAAUAAGUUAAGCACGGUCGAAAAAUGUCCCUUGCCACCACAAACACUGUACGAAUACUGCAUCGUGGUUGGUUACGAUAUGAUGCAAAACAAACCGUACGUCAAGAGCCGAUAUCCACGGCAUAAGCAGCCGCACAAAAUGAUCGAGGUGUUCGUGUAUCCCGACAAUGGCGCACUAGUGCGAAACCGUAAUCAAGAGUACUGCAUCAUACUAACAGACUAUCCGUUGCGGUUGUACGGUUUCUGCCGGCGUGUUCUGCCAGAAUCGUCCGAAUUCUGUAUUCCACUAACGUAUUGCCUCGUAACGAAGUACAAUGAGCCAAAAGUAUUUUACAAACUGCUGGAGUGCAUCGAAAGCCAGCACGGCAAUGGUCGCGUGCCGGAGCUGUUGAUGGAACAGUUUUACGACCAAAAACUCCCGUUGGCCGGUGAGCGGUUGGCACUGACACUGCCUGUUAGCUUCGAGAUUCGGCCCACGCUCCGGGAGGAAGCGUCACUGCCAAUCACCAUGACAAUAAACCGUCCCAAAGAUUUACGCUUAGAGAAAACGGAACUGUAUGAUAUUUUCAAGUGCCUCGGAUCAGACGGACUGAUCCACGUGUUCGAAAGCUUGCUUCUCGAGAAAAUGGUGAUAUUAUUCAGCGAACAUCUUUCGCUGUUGACGUCUUGCGUGCAAGGCUUACUGUUAAUACUCUACCCAUUCCAAUGGCAGCACAUACUAGUAACGGUCAUACCCGAACACUUGCAGCAAAUGCUGGAAGCGCCCGUACCAAUGCUCGCCGGUACACUGCAGCCUGUGCCGGAGGAAUUGUGGCAAAGUGGCAAUACGUGUUACGUGAAUCUGGACAAACGUACCGUCCGGCCGGCAAGAAAGGAACAGUUUUCUAUCCUACCCAACGAACUAAAGAAACCGCUGCGGGUUUCGCUGGAACUCGUGAAAAUAUUCGAAGAUUCCAAGGGAUUAGCUAGCGUUCUGAUCGGUGGUGCGUUUGUUCGGUUUUUUGUAGAACUAUUUGCAACCCUGGAUCCCCGCACAUACGAGAAAGCUUCCUUUUUGCAGCAGUUUGAUAAUUCCGAAACAAAACUGUUUCUGAACUGCUUUGUGGAAACUGUAAUGUUUGCCGACUUUCUGGAACACUGGCAGUGUUCGAAACAGGCAGCUAACUCACCGGCACCGGUCGGCAGCUUCGAUUAUACGCUUUACAACUCGAAGAUAGCGGAAAAAUCGCAAACCAAGUACUGGCAUUCGGCUACCUUCGACGAAGUGGUAGCCAACUCAAAGCAUAUCGAGCGCAAGGGAAAAACCUUCAUAUCGAAAGUGAAGGGACUGAUGAAAAAAUCAUAAGACGAGGAUAUUUUCUUAAAGAAAAACAAAAUCAUCAGGUAAGGAAAAGACGCCAUAGGUAAAGGGGUGGGGAAGAGAAUCAUAGAAUCGGGUUGACAAAAUUUUUAAUGUUCAAAGCUCUGGAAAGCCAUAGUGGGCAGUUUUUUAACAACGUGUUUUACAAUAAUAUAAUGUACGAAUUCCGGAUAAUACUUUUA